AUGGUUACAGUAGACUACAAUAGAAAAAGUUUGCUUGAGAAGGUUGAUGAUGUCAUUCUAUUAGAAGAUGAAAAUGAUAACAAUUUGGACAGUGUGAACCUCGUGGAUGAUGGAAUUGAAGGAGCAAACGGUGUGAUUGUGCCCGAGGUGGGUAUGAAAUUCAAUGAUGAAAAUGAAAUGUUUAAUUUUUACAAGAAAUAUGCGUACAACGUUGGAUUUCCAGUUAGGGAAAGGAAUUCACAGAAGGAUGAUGAUGGAAUUGUUAGAUAUGUAGUGUUUACGUGUAGCCGUGAAGGGCGAAGAAGUAGUACUACAAGUGGUUCUUUAAAACCACAAGCUACCAUUCAGACAGGUUGCAAAGCUAGGAUGACUGCGUCUACAGAUGCAUGUGGAAUAUGGAAGAUUAACACAGUCAAUCUCAUUCACAAUCAUAAAACGAGUCCUUCGAAAUCCAAGUUAUAUCGUUGCAAUCGAGAAUUAAUUGCCUAUGUUAAACGACGUCUUGAUGUGAAUGAUAUGGCGGGGAUUCCAUUGCACAAAAGCUACAACUCCGCAGUCGUAGAAGCAAGGGGGUAUGAAAAUAUGACUUGUAUAGAAAAAGAUUGUCGAAACUAUGUGGAACAAGUGAGGCGGUUAAGACUUGGAGCAGGAGACACCGCAGCAAUUCAAACUUAUUUUUUGAACAUGCAGGCCAAGUGCCCAGGUUUUUUCUUUAGCAUAGAUUUAGACGAAGAUUUACGGCUGAAGAAUAUUUUCUGGGCAGAUAAUAGGAGUAGGCAAGCAUAUAAGGAGUUCGGUGAUGUUGUAACAUUUGACACCACGUACUUAACUAAUAAAUACGACAUGCCGUUUGCUCCUUUCGUUGGAGUUAAUCAUCAUGGACAAUCAAUACUCUUUGGUUGUGGGUUGGUAUCAAACGAAAAUACAGAAACAUUUGUAUCGCUUUUCAAAACUUGGCUUGAGUGUAUGCAUGGCCAAGCUCCUAUUGGGAUUAUUACAGAUCAAAAUAGGGCCAUGCAGAAUGCAAUUCAGAUCGUGUUCCCAAACAUGAAACACAGAUGGUGUUUAUGGCACAUAUUGAAGAAGUUACUAGAGAAAUUUGGUUACCACGUUGAUAAGGGUGAGAUCUUUUCUGCUAUACACGUAUUGGUAUAUGAUUCUCAAACUAUUGACAUAUUUGAAGAAGGUUGGAGAGCUAUGAUUGAUAGAUAUUCUUUGCAUGAUAAUGAGUGGUUAUGGAGAAUGUAUGAGAACAGAGGCUGUUGGGUACCUUGCUUUUUAAAAAGUAGUUUUUGGGCGGGAAUGUCAACCACUCAGCGCAGUGAAAGUAUGAACGCGUUCUUCGAUGGUUAUGUGCACUCGAAGACGUCACUAAAACAAUUUGUAGAACAAUAUGAGAGAGCAUUAAGGAAAAAGGUAGAGAAGGAGUUUGAAGCAGAUUUUAAAUCAUACUCACAAAUGGUACCAUCUGCAACGAAGUACGAGUUGGAGAAACAGUUUCAAUAA